AUGACCGACGCAUUCCGCAAAGACACCCACACCAAGCUCGGCGAGGCCAUGCAACCCCAAUCCACCAAAUCCACCGGCACAAAGAUCAAGGAGUCCCUCACGGGCACCGCCGACAAAGUCGCCCGCGAAGUCCAACCCGACUCGUCCAAGACGCACACGCAGUCGACCAUGGACAAGCUCGGUCGCUCCAAGGACAACAACGUGCACGGCUCUACCGGCGGCAGCAUCGUGGAUAAGACGAAGAAUGCGCUAGGAUUGGGACACCAU